GCGAAAACUCUCCCACGCGGCGCAAUGACAGAUGCUGCGAGGAUGGAAUUGAGCCCUGCUGAAGUGCCUCUUUAUGGACAGAUCACAAUAUAUGGAAAAUUUGACAACGUUCUCCAAGGGGAUGCUGAAUUUUACUUUGUUUACAGUGGCUCGACCCAGAGGCAUGUGGUUUUUGCUAAGCAUGUUACUGAUAACACCCUUGAAUCUAUCGUUCCAGCUCACGGAGAACAAGAAGUUGUUUCUGUCGCUGUGGUCAUGUACACAAAGGAGGGUGUACCUGUGACUCUGGGCGUCUCAUCUGUAACUUAUAAGCAGGACACGGCCUGUGAGUUAGCAUGGUAUCUAGUGAGCCAAGUGGAUUGCCUCACUCCCUCUGGUCACCACACACUUCUCAGGAGGUUUGGUUUAACGGUGGACGAUGUUCAGUCAGUAGAUCAUGAUGUCAUGCUAGCUAUGGCCCAUGAAGAGAUUCCACCUGCUUGGAAUAUCGUGGGGAAUAGUUCAGAAGAUGAUUCUAAACAGAAAGAAACCCUUCUCCAUCUCACAAUGAGAUUCGGUUUGGUUAAACUUUCCCAGUUCCUGUUAUUCCAGCCAGGUGGGACAGUUGCAAUCACUGUACCUAAUGAAGAUGGGUUCACACCAUUGGACUUGGCUUUACAGAAUGGACACUUCAGACUUGCUGAAAUUUUCUCCAAAAGGCAGGUCAGCCAUCCGUUUGAGAUUUCUAAAGUGGAGCUUGGCGAGAAUGCUGUCCUACAAUUUGCUCAUUCAUCAGGAACUCUGUCAGUGACAUUUAAUCGCACGGCAGACCAUUUGGUAGAAUCUAACGUUCAGCUCUUCAGGAAAUACUUCUGGGAUAGAGCUUUUCUGCACAAGAAUCUCAUUCUGAAGCAAGCUGAGACACUGGGAGAAGUGCAGAUGCCUUGCAACUCUACUGCUUCUGCCGAAGAUCUGGUGGAUUUUGUGUCUGAGGAGCCAUCUCUUAAAAAUGAAGAUGUGACGUUUUACAGAGAUCAUAUGAUUCAGCCAGUUGAAAAUGAAGAUGAAAAUGGAUUAGAUUUAGUUCAACAACAUUCCCCGUUUGAGGCUUAUAAGAAAACCUCAAAUCCCUCCACUUUCUUCGCAGCAGCCAGACUUUCUGCAAUGCUGAAUGGAAGCGAUGAAGUGUAUGCAAAUCGCAUGGUUGUGGAUCGGAUGGAAGAUGCUGGUGUCAAGUACGUUAAUGUUGGCCAGCCUGCUUCUGAAACAGACCAGGCAGACUCCAACGAUGAUCCAGAGGCUUCAGGAAAUACCACGGACAUUCCAUCUAAUUUGGAGAUAACGGGUUCUUAUGGGCCACUCAAAAAGAUGCAUGCAUUUAGCAAUCAACGAAAUCAACGUUAUUCCAUUAUGAAAAAAAGAAGUUCUAGUCUUGAUGACUUGGAUGUUGACAAUGGAGAUGAAAGAAUUCCUAACCGAUCUCAUAACUGCUACCCUUCAAUGUCUUUCAACUCGUCUGUGGCCUUGGCUGGUAUGAGAGACGGGUUAAAUUCUUCAGAGACAACAACUGAACUGGAGUUUAGCAUGAGCAGGGCUGAAUCCCUUCCUUUGUCCAGCAAUCUGCAGUCAAAGGAAUCAUUACUGUCUGGAGUUCGGUCCCGCUCAUACUCUUAUACCUCACCUAAAGUCAUAUUAGGAAAAUCGCACUGUGCACGGGACUUCACAAUAUGUGAUCCAAAUGAUGAACAACAUGCAUUCAGCUUGCCUCAACAGUCGGGAGAUAAAAGGAUUCAGGAAGAAGAAUGGGACAAGUACAUUAUACCUACAAAAUCGGAAUCUGAAAAAUAUAAAGUCAGUCGUACCUUCAGCUUUCUGAUGAGUAGAAUGGCCAGUACACGAAGUAAAUCCAAGGCUAAAAAUAAAGAUGCCAAAGAGAAGGAGAAGCUUAACAGGCACCAGUUUGUUUCUGGGACUUUCACAGGGGUAAUGCCAUGUUUCGCCUGUGAGAAACCACUUUUGGGGAAAGAGUCAUUGCAGUGUUCUUAUUGCAAUGCAAUUGUGCAUAAAAGUUGUAAGGACUGCGUCCUCGCAUGCACAAAAAAAUCCCAAGAGAGAUGCCACAUUAAGAACAGGACACAAGCUGUCCAGACAAAUCCAUCACUCAGAGACAUUCCACAGCCAACGUUCUCCGCAAUGCAUCCUUCUACCUCGACACCUGUUGGAUUAUCUACUGUGAAAAAAGAUGUUUUGCAGCAACCACACUCCUUAUCCAGAAGUGUUCCGAGUACUGGUUUUGAAAGAAAAUGUGUGUCACCGUUGGAGCCAGAUACGGAUACCACCAGCUGGAGAUCUAGGUCACACUCGGAAGAGCUCUUGCAAUCCAUAGGGACAGCUUCAUCUGUGGACUCUUUUAUAAUUGAAGAUGAUGUCGAUGCCUCCUUAUGGAGUGACCUCAGCACAGACGCUUUGGAAUUUGAAGCAGAGUCUUGGAGUCUUGUUGUGGACCCUUCAUUCUGUAACAGACAAGAGAAGGAUGUUAUCAAACGACAAGACGUGAUUUUCGAGCUGAUGCAAACAGAAGUGCAUCACAUCCAUACCCUGUUCAUUAUGUCAAAAAUAUUCCGGAAAGGAAUGAAGGAGGAACUGCAGCUGGACCAUAGCACAGUGGACAAAAUAUUCCCCUGUUUAGAUGAGCUGCAAGAACUUCACCAGCAGUUCUUCUGUAGAAUGAAGGAGAGAAGACAGGAAUCAGGCCAGGAGGGAAGUGAUAGAAACUUUGUCAUCAGCAGAAUUGGAGACAUCCUUGUGCAGCAGUUUUCAGAAGAGAAUGCAAACAAAAUGAAGACCAUAUAUGGGGAAUUUUGUAGUCAUCAGAAAGAAGCAGUCAGCCUUUUCAAGGAGCUGCAACAAAAUAAAAAGUUCCAGAACUUCAUUAAACUGCGGAACAGUAAUCUUUUGGCUCGACGGCGAGGAAUCCCAGAAUGCAUCCUGCUUGUCACUCAAAGAAUCACAAAGUAUCCCGUUCUAGUUGAAAGAAUAUUACAGUAUACCAAAGAAGGAACUGAAGAACAUCGAGAUUUAUGGGAAGCCCUUGGCUUGAUCAAGGACAUGAUUGCAGCAGUUGAUUUACAAGUCAAUGAAUAUGAGAAAAAACAAAAAUUGCUGGAGAUUCUCAGCAGGAUGGAAAACAAAACCUAUACCAAGUUGAAAAAUGGGCAUGUUUUCAGGAAGCAGGAUUUGAUCAAGAAACAGAGGACACUUUUGCAUGAAGGUUUAGUCUACUGGAAAACAGCUACGGGACGUUUCAAAGAUAUCUUAGCUCUUCUUCUAAAUGAUGUGAUGCUCUUUUUACAAGAAAAAGAUCAGAAAUAUAUCUUUGCAGCUGUUGACCAAAAGCCUGCUGUCAUAGCCCUUCAGAAACUUAUUGUCAGAGAAGUGGCCAAUGAAGAGAGAGGGAUGUUCCUGAUUAGUGCCUCAUCCACAGGGCCUGAGAUGUAUGAGAUUCAUACCACUUCCAAAGAGGAACGAAGUCACUGGAUGAGGCAGGUUCAAGAAGCGGUGGAAAGUUGUCCAGAGGAAGAGGGGAAAAUGAGUGAAUCUGAUGACGACCGAAGAAUAGCAGAAGCCAGAGCAGCCAAAAUUCAAAAAUGUCAAGUAACCUUGAAUAACCAGGACCAGCAAAUCUGUAGCUACUUGGAAGAUAAGCUUAAUAUCUAUGCAAAGCUUGGAAAUAUGAGUGGGUUUGAAGAUGUUCAUGUAGAACCACACCUGCUCAUAAAACCAGACUCUGGAGAAACACCUCAAGUAGCUUCACUCCUGGCUGCCGCUCUCAAGGAAGCGGAAAACCUCCACGUGGCUGUAACGUUAUCACAGACGAAUGACCUAAGCCUCUCAACAGAAGAAAGUCCUGGAGAAUCUAGCUUGACAAAUCUUAGUGAGGCUGAAGUCUGUGAACCUUUCACUGAUUUUCCAGAAGUAAAGGUGGAGAAUGAGCCCUGUGAUUCAGACGUUCAUGAUGCAAACCACUUAGCAGAAGUUGACAUGCUAGACAAGGAAGGAAGCAUGUGUUUCGCUGCUUCACCACAAACUGAGAUUGUUCAAACUAUCCAGAAUUUAACCCGCCUCUUAUACAGCAUACAGGCGGCCUUGACCAUCCAGGACACUCACAUUGAGAUCCACAAGCUGCUUCUCCAGGAACAUGAAAGGUCCAGCAGUGGGCAUGGGCCUCGUAGCACCCCUCUCCUGGAGCCAGAAAAGCACCGGAAUGUGAAAUCCAAGGAGGAGCUUGUGAACAUCCACAAACUCCAGCACCAAUUUCAGCAAGAGCAGCAGCGGUGGCACCGUGAGUGUGAGCAGCGCCAACAGGAGCACGAGAGCAGGGAGAGCCGAUUGUUGGAGAAGGAGAAGGAGUGUGUGAGCCAGGAGAAGCUGCUGUGCCAAAACCGAGGGGAGCUGGAUGUCCAGCUGCAGGACUACCAGCAGAACCUGGAGAGGCUCCAGGAGAGCCAAAGGAUGGUGGAGAAGGAGCGGGAAACGGUCAGGCUGCAGCAGAAGAUCUUGCGCCACUGGAAGCACAGCCGCCAGAGCAGCCUGCCGUCGGUGAUUUCGUCAGGGAGCAAUGAGAUCACUGGACAUAAUAAAUCGGACAGUUUUUGUGGUGAGAAUUCAGUCUUCAUAAAUGAAGCCAUAGUACAGAUGUCAUUAAACCACCUCAACAGAUCGCAUUCAGCUCUAGUUUACCAGGACAGUGUGCGUGGUGUAAAUCUGCCAAAUACAGAUUUAGCAAGGACUUCUGAAAAUCAAGUCAACCUCCACAUGGAUAUUUCUUGCCAGCAAGUGUCCUCCACUGGUGAUCUCUCCAAAUCCACUGGAAUCUGCCAUCACACUUCCUCCUCCAGUACAAGCCAUUCAGAGGCUUGUAACAAUCGCAGUUGCACUGAAAAUGUGAACAGUAGAAUGAUCUCAGCCAAUGAAGAUUUUGUUAGGAAUCCAAGAAUGAACACAGAUCUGUCACCAAAAAGCCAAAUACCUAAAUAUCAAGACAUGAAUGCAUUGCAGAGCCAGGGCUCAACAUCACACAGUUCAAGUCACAGCAAUGUUCAACCGCUGUGCCCUCCAGAGGUUCUGCUGCACAGUCUACCUUGCCACAUGGGACAAGAUUCAGAAAAUGGAGGCAGCGAAGAAAAGAUUGUUUAUCUCUAAUCUCUCCUCCUCUUCUACCAGUAGUACUUUGGGGUAGCUUUUCUAAUUGUUUGUAGUUGCUCUUUGUCCAAAUUGCUUUGAGGAUAUAUUAUUUAUUACAAAAAUGCAACGUUUUUCCAUAUCCGUAGGAUACAAAUUAAGUUAUUUUUUAAAACAUGUCUGUAAUAUUUAAAUUGUGAUACGCUUAUUACAUCUGAAACACUCUACAAGCAGCAUCAAACAUUGGUGGGCUCCCAAGCUAGCAGUGAUACAUGUGCGUUUGUGUGUCUGUGGCGGAAAUCCGACAUUGUGUGAGUGAACGUCCACUUGCAUGACAGGACUUUCUCCCCCUCUCCUCUUCUCCUCCCCCUGCAGCCCCUGCGCGAUCCAGAUUUUCAGGGUGCAUAGGGGGAGCAGAGGGCAAGGGGAAUUCACCCCCUCUCCAUUCCAUUGAUGAAAGCAGUUCUGUCAACGCCAGGACUUUGUGGGAUACCACCCUGUGCAUCUGUGUUUACCAGGGAGAUGAGAUAACCACAAUUGGACUAUGGCUGGAAACUUUUCUGUUUCAGGUCAAAGCUGCACAUUCUUUGUGUGGCUAGUUCUUUGUGUAAUAGGAGCAUUGGAGAGUUAAUCAGGCAACUUGGCAACUUCCUUUAAAAAAGAGUGCUAUCAAGUGAGAUCAUGUGAAAGCAAGAGCAAGGGUUCUCAUCUGGUUAAUGUUGUGCCUUCUGCCUGCACUCCUUGGUGGGUUUACUCAACCUGUUUGGUUUUAUAGGCAUCAGUUCAACUAUGUUCUGGAUCAGAGGUGGGCCACGUGUGGUCCUCCACAUGUUGUUGGACUGCAAUUCCCCUCGCCCCACACCAUUGGCAAUUCCCACUACUCCACACAAGUUGCCCACUCCCAAUCGAGACACGUCAUAGUGGGCACAUGACCAAAGUAGGUCUAUCACAGAAUUAGCACCCUUACAGCCAUCCAUCCCUGCACCCAUCAUCAUCAUCUUGUAGGGACAUAAUGACGGACAAAGCCUAGAAAAGCCUUGGGCUCACAAUACAGCAUCAUGGUCAUUCUAUAUGGGGAAGCACACCUGCAGCAUUUCUCAAGUAAUGUUAGCUAAGGAUUCUUCUGGGUCUCACUUUGGUCUCCUAAGGUGAUGAUACUGCACUUUCUCUAUAGAAGGCCUUCCGCCAAAUGAUAGUUAGAGUAACCCUUUGUUUCCACAAUGGACAUUCUGAUUUAUAACCUAACAUGGCCCUAAGUUUUUAUUUAACAAAUGAAGAGCUUCAGGAAAUGGAUCCACGGCUGGAUGUUAACCACCCCAUGCUAGGUUUGCUUGGUGGAUCCAGCUUACUCCUUAGCAGAUGUUUAUGCCACAAAUUCAGUCUCAUCUAGCAUGUAUAUAACUUGCUUUUCAGAUCACUCUAGGUCUGUUUGGGGACGCACUGCAUUAUAACUUGUUCUUGGCUACAGCAAGUUCCUUUUCUUAUCAAAGCAUUACAAUUAAUCACAUGGACAUUUCUAUCUCAUAUGGAAUUGGGAGGAGGAAGAGGAAAAUGUCAAAUUAAAACUUUUUUGGGGGCUUAGCAAAAAUCCACUGCUUUUCUACAUCUAUGGACUCCAAAUCAGUGUGUUUCUUUCAACACCCAGAGCUUUGAUACAUUAUAUAGAGUAAUAAAUAAGAAUAUUUUUCCCCUGUGCAUUUUCCACCAUUGCAUAUUUUUGAAUUUAAUAAAUA